AUGGCGUCCCAUUUCCUGCGCCCAUUGGCUUCUGAGCUCUCCUCGUCCUCUACUGCCGCCGCGCGCAUCGGCCUCCAAGAUGGAAGAUUGCUGGUGAGCAACCGCCGCAGAUACCUCACCACCUUGAAGGCUUUCACCGCUCAGCGCGCCUCUGUACCCGCCGCUGCGAAGCCUGUCGCCCUCGUCCGCCAUGCCUCGGUAAACGCGUCCAUUCCACUACCUCCAAAGAGAUAUUCCACGGUCGUCCUGCCGCAGACUACUCCAUAUGCCCAGCUCAGCGUCGGCGUCCCCAAGGAGACCUUUCCCGGCGAGCGACGCGUUGCCCUCACCCCCGCCAACGUCGCGGUCCUGCUUAAGAAGGGCUAUGCCAAGGUCCUCGUCCAGCGCGGCGCCGGCGCUGCCGCUGACUUUCUCGAUUCCGCUUACGAAGCCGCUGGCGCCACCCUCGUCGACGACGCCUCCGCCAUCUGGUCUCGGUCCAACAUUGUCCUCAAAGUCCGCGGUCCGUCUCUGCAAGAGGUCGACUCUAUUCAAGAAAACCAGACCAUCAUCUCGCUGCUUCAGCCUGCGCAAAAUAAGGAGCUCGUGGAAAAAAUUGCUAGCCGCAAUGCCACCUGCUUCGCCAUGGACAUGAUUCCCCGUAUCUCUCGCGCCCAGGUCUUUGACGCUCUUAGUAGCAUGGCCAACAUUGCCGGUUACAAGGCUGUGCUGGAAGCCUCCAACGUCUUUGGCCGAUUUCUCACUGGCCAGGUGACUGCUGCCGGCAAGAUCCCGCCCUGCAAGGUUUUGGUUAUUGGUGCCGGUGUCGCUGGUCUCAGCGCCAUUGCUACGGCGCGUCGCAUGGGCGCCAUUGUCCGCGGCUUUGACACCAGACCGGCUGCCCGGGAGCAGGUCCAGUCUCUCGGCGCCGAGUUUAUCGAGGUCGAAAUUGAGGAAGAUGGCUCCGGCGCUGGCGGCUACGCCAAAGAAAUGAGCAAGGAGUUUAUUGAAGCCGAGAUGAAACUCUUCAAGGACCAGGCCAAGGAGGUGGACAUAAUCAUUACCACUGCCCUCAUUCCGGGCAAACCUGCCCCCAAGCUGAUCAAGAUGGACAUGCUUGAUGUCAUGAAGCCCGGAAGUGUUAUUGUUGAUCUGGCUGCUGAAGCCGGAGGCAACUGCGAAGCUACCAAACAGGGCGAGCUUGUUACGUACAACGACGUCAAGGUCAUUGGCUAUACUGAUCUUCCCUCUCGUUUGCCCACACAGUCGUCGACUCUGUACUCCAACAACAUCACCAAGUUUUUGCUCUCCAUGACUCCGCAGGAGAAAGCAUUCGGCGUUGAUCUCUCCGACGAGGUUGUCCGCGGCGCUAUUGUCACCCAAAAGGGCGAGAUUCUGCCUCCUGCUCCCCGCCCCGCGCCUCCUCCCGCCCCCGCCAAGCCGGCUGCGGCAGAGGUUGUUCCCGAGCCCGUCGCGCUCACACCCUGGCAGCAAAAGUCGCGCGAGGUCGGGUUUGUGACUGCCGGCAUGGCCUCUGUGCUGGCGUUGGGCAAGUUUACCGAUCCGCUCUUCAUGUCCAACGCCUUUACGUUUGCGCUGGCCAGUCUGAUCGGAUAUCGCGUCGUCUGGGGCGUGGCCCCUGCGCUGCAUUCGCCUCUGAUGAGUGUCACCAAUGCCAUUUCCGGCAUGGUUGGUGUUGGUGGUCUCUUCAUUCUCGGUGGAGGCUACCUCCCGGGCACCAUUCCCCAGACUCUUGGUGCUCUGAGUGUAUUGCUGGCCUUUGUCAACGUUGGCGGUGGUUUCGUCAUCACCAAGCGCAUGCUUGACAUGUUUAAGCGCCCUACUGAUCCUCCCGAGUACCCAUGGCUGUAUGCCGUCCCUGCUGUGGUGUUUGGCGGUGGCUUCCUCGCCGCUGCUUCCACAGGUGCUGCCGGCCUAGUCCAGGCUGGCUACCUUGUUUCAUCCGUUCUCUGCAUCGGCUCAAUUUCUGGCCUGGCUUCGCAAGCCACUGCCCGCAUGGGCAACAUGCUGGGCAUGCUUGGUGUUUCUUCUGGUGUCCUCGCUAGCUUGCUCGCCGUGGGCUUCUCUCCCGAGGUGCUGACCCAGUUUGGUGCUCUGGCCUCGAUUGGUCUUCUUGCUGGUGCCUUGAUUGGAAAACGCAUUACUCCCACUGAUCUCCCACAAACCGUUGCUGCCCUACACUCCGUUGUCGGUCUUGCCGCUGUCUUGACCAGUAUCGGCAGUGUCAUGGCUGGCAUCUCAGACAUUUCCACCUUGCACAUGGUAACCGGUUACCUUGGCGUUUUGAUUGGUGGUAUCACCUUUACUGGCUCCAUUGUUGCAUUUAUGAAACUGGCUGGCAGAAUGUCUUCAAAGCCCAAAAUCUUACCGGGACGACACUUCAUAAAUGGUGGUCUCUUGGCCUCUAAUAUUGCUACCAUGGGUGCCUUUGUCACUAUGGCCCCCGGCGCGCCGCUGAUUGCAGCCGGCGCCUUGACUGCCAACGCGGUCCUAAGCUUUGUCAAGGGCUACACUACCACGGCUGCCAUUGGUGGUGCUGACAUGCCCGUCGUCAUUACCGUGCUCAACGCCUACUCUGGCUUUGCCCUCGUGGCAGAAGGCUUCAUGUUGGACAACCCCCUCCUUACGUCGGUGGGGGCUCUGAUAGGCGUGUCCGGUUCCAUCCUGUCCUACGUGAUGUGCGUGGCCAUGAAUCGAUCGCUAACCAAUGUCUUAUUUGGCGGUCUGUCGACGCCGACAGAGGUACAAGAGUACAAACCACAAGGUGAGGUGACCAAGACAUCGACCGAAGAGUUAGCCGAUGCCAUGCUCAAUUCCGAAUCCGUCAUUCUGGUGGUCGGCUACGGCAUGGCCGUCGCCAAGGCGCAAUAUGCCAUUUCCGAAAUCGUUUCCAUGCUGCGCGCCAAGGGUAUCACGGUGCGCUUUGCCAUCCACCCCGUCGCCGGCCGCAUGCCCGGCCAGUGCAACGUGCUGCUCGCUGAGGCCAGCGUCCCCUACGACAUUGUCCUGGAAAUGGACGAGAUCAACGACGACUUUCCCGACACGGACCUGACGGUUGUGAUUGGCGCCAAUGACACGGUCAACCCGAUUGCCAUGGAAAAGGGCAGCGCUAUUGAGGGCAUGCCCGUACUACACGCGUGGAAGAGCAAGCAGGUGGUUAUCAUGAAGCGCGGCAUGGCCAGCGGCUACGCUGAUGUGCCGAACCCCAUGUUCUACAUGCCCAAUGCAAAGAUGCUGUUUGGCGACGCCAAGGAUUCUUGCGAAGCCAUCAAGACAGCGCUCCAGUCCAAGCAGUAG